AGCGAGAAGGAGACCAUGCAGAUGCUCAAUGAUCGUCUGGCCAACUACCUGGAGAAGGUGCGCCAGCUGGAGCGAGAGAACACCGAGCUGGAUGCCAAGAUCCGUGACUCCUGCCAGACCCAAAUGCCCACCAUGGGCCCCGACUACCAGUCCUAUUUCCGGACCAUUGAGGAGUUGCAACAGAAGGUCCUGUGCACCAAGGCGGACAAUGCCCGGCUGGUGGUGCAGAUCGAUAACGCCAAGCUGGCCGCAGAUGACUUCCGCACCAAAUACGAGACGGAACUGACCCUCCGCCAGCUGGUGGAGGCCGACAUCAACGGUCUGCGCCGCAUCCUGGACGAGCUGACCCUGUGCAAGGCUGACCUGGAGGCCCAGGUGGAGUCGCUGAAGGAGGAGUUGCUCUGUCUGCGGAAGAACCACGAGGAGGAGGUGAACGCACUGCGCUGCCAGCUCGGAGACCGGCUCAACAUAGAGGUGGAUGCGGCCCCGCCCGUGGACCUGAACCGGGUUCUGGACGAGAUGCGGGGCCAGUAUGAGGGGCUGGUGGAGAACAAUCGGAGGGAUGUGGAGCAAUGGUUCAACACCCAGAUGGAUGAGCUGAACCAGCAGGUGGUAACCAGCUCGGAACAGCUGCAGUGCUGCCAGUCGGAGAUCAUUGAGCUGAGACGCACCGUCAAUGCACUGGAGAUCGAGCUGCAGGCUCAGCACAGCAUGAGAAACUCCCUUGAGUCCACGCUGGCCGAGACCGAGGGCCGCUACGGCUCUCAACUGGCCCAGAUGCAGGGCCUGAUUAGCAAUGUGGAAGCCCAGCUGGCGGACAUCCGGUGCGACCUGGAGCGACAGAACCAGGAGUACCAGGUGCUGCUGGACGUCAAGGCCCGGCUGGAGGGGGAGAUAGCCACUUACCGCCGCUUGCUGGAGAGCGAGGACUGCAAACUUCCCUGCCACCCGUGCACCGCUCCCUGUGUGCCCUGCGGGCCCCGCCCGGUCUGUGUGCCAUGUGCCCCCUGCGGUCCCGGGCGAUACUGAGCCUGGCUCCCGACAGGGGAGCCCGAGCCCGAGGAGAAGGGAAAGAGUCGAGGUGAGGCAGGCCAGAGCCCGGUAGAGCCCCCGGCAAGGUUGCAAGCGGAGAACCAGUGGGCCCCGGCUCCACCCCCCCGACGCUACUCACCAAGACCAUAUUUCCCAAUCCCCGCCUCUUGUUCGGUGCCUCCCCGCUGCC